AUUUGCAAAAAUUAUAUGUUUCUAUUUGGCAUAUUUGCCGUUUCAAUUUGCUCAAUUUGAACGUAAUGGGAAACAGCUAUUGAUGCUUACUAUUCAAUCAACAUCUCUUUCCGCCCAUAUAUUUUAACUUCCUGUGGGGCGUGGCCAAAUUCAGUUCAAUUUUGCAAACAAACACUAUACUAUUCAAAGUGUACACACACACACAUCAUCUCCCCCCUCAGUCUGCAUUUCCCAGUCCGUCCACAUAUACGGCAAAAAGUGAUUACCUUCGGAGAGGACGACGGACUGCUGAACACUCACGUUCUCUGCAGCAUUCAACACCCUGGUGUCCAGCAGAGGACAACAUCAUGACCGGCUAGCAGAGAGGAGUAGGAUUAAAACAGAAAAAAGAGUUUGCAACGCUAUCAAUAUAACUCGCAUUUUUUUCUCCUUGCGCCAGGCAGCCCUCAUUUGGAUAACUAAAAGAAUGAACGGUUUGUAAAAACGACUUUGGGGAGCGCAAUGACAGAAAGGAGCACACAAUGUUAAAGGAUAAUUGGCAGUAAUUAUCUAACGUUCUACAUGUCUCCUUUUAGGCGGCAAGACGCCAAGUUGCGUCUCAGGGGGCUGUAGUGGGAAAGAGCGGGAACGUUUCCCGGGUAAAGGACGGGAGGAGGCUGUGAGGAAGCGGGCUAUAAUAACUCUCUUGAUUGCAUAGUGAUACGCCACCGGCGCGUGUACAUGCGCUUUUAAGAUAUUCCUGCAACCGUCCACAACGGCAAGUUUAGCAUUCAACACGUGUCGCGCGAGUGAUGAAGAGAGGGAGAGAGAGGUUGCUAGGUGACGGGGCGUAUAUACUGAAUUUUAACAAAAUAACUGGAGAGAGAGACUGAGUGAGUGAGAAACAGAGAGGAGGGGGAGGUAAGGAGGGUGGGAGAGAGCUAGUCAGCAACAUGUAGGCAGGCUGAGUAAAGAGAGGUCGAGACAGUGUGUACGUACAAUUUCCCCCCUUUUUUACCUCAGAGAAACACACCGGGUGGAAGCGUCGUGGAAAUGGACAGCUGUGGAAUGGAUAUACAGGUGACGAAGUGCCGCAGGGAGAACAGAGUGUCUGGAUCCUGAAAAACAGUCUGGUUCCUGCAUAAAGCACUACCCACCCAAGUGACUCUUUGCCUGUGUCAUGGCGGCGAGGCCUGCCCUUUCGUUCCUAUUGGCUGUGCUGGCAUGCACUGGGCCGGCCCAGCCCUCCCCCCCACUGCUGCUCCGCCCCCGGGAGAGAGAGAGGGACUCGGGAGGGGCUUCGGGCGGAGUCAACAUCGCUGUGGUUCACUCCGGCUCCUCCCACCUCCCGGAAACGAGCGCCGGGGUGGGGGGCGUGGGCGGCGCCUCUUCGGCGGGCUCCGGUUCCGGUGCCGGGCCAAGCAGCAGCAGCGGCAGCUCGGGGACGGCCUUUCUGAGUCGGGCCUGGUCAGGGCAGGUAGGCGAGAGUGUGAUGACACCGUGGGGCCCCGCCAAUGUGAUCUGGCUGGCUGUCAAUGAGAGCAGUCCUGGGAGCCUCUUGCUACAAUUGUGCGAGUUGCUAGCUACCACUCCACUACAAGGCCUUGUGUUUGAGGAAGAAAAGCCACCACCGCCUAACCGGGCACCGUUAGCACCUAUGCUGGAAUUUGUCUCUGCCCAGACAGGAGUGCCUGUGAUUGCUGUGGGAGGAGGGGCUGGCCUGGGAAGGGAGCCGCAGGAAAGCGGCUCCGUCUACCUGCAGUUUUCAUGCUCCACUGACCUGCAGCUGGAAGUCAUUUUUGAGGUUCUGGAGGAGUUUGAUUGGACUGCGUUUUCAGUGGUCACCACACGCCACCACGGCUAUGAGGAUUUCCUGGCCAUGGUAGAGGGCAUGAUAGAUGGAUCGUUCAUCGGCUGGGAGAGAAAGAGCGUGGUGAUGCUCAACCUGACCGAUGACCCGGGAGGAGCUCGAACCCGCAGGCUGCUGAAGGAGAAUGAAGCACAGGUGCGACUCCUCUAUUGCUCACAGGAAGAGGCUGAGCAAAUUUUUAAGGCUGCAUGGGCAUCUGGACAGGCCACUCCUUCACAUAUGUGGUUUGCAGUGGGCCCUGGUCUGUCAGGACUUGGUCUUGAAGGUUUACCCAAGGCUCUGUUCGCUGUGCGACCCCAAGGAUGGAGGGACGAGCCACGACGGCGGAUCGCAAAAGGUGUAUCAGUACUGACGCACGGUGCUAUGGCGUUACGCCGCGAGUACGGUGGGGCUCGUGGGACGAGUUUCGCAGGGAAUUGUAUGAUGGAUGGAAAUCAAACUCAGAGGGUGCCGGGCAGAAUCAGGUUCUUCAGCAACAUAACUCUAUCCGGACGGGACUAUUCCUUUAAUAAUGACGGUUAUCUGGCCAAUCCGCUCCUGGAUGUGAUCUCCUACACCGCGGGAAGAGGCUGGGAGGAGGUAGGUUGGUGGGAGAACGGAGUGCUGCGCUUGCGUUACCCGCCCUGGUCUCGAUACGGGCCGUUUCUCAAACCCCUGGAUGAUUCACAGCACUUGCGUGUGGUUACUCUGGAGGAGAGGCCGUUUGUCAUCGUGGAACCCGCUGAUCCCGGAACAGGCUCCUGCAUCAGAGACUCAGUGCCGUGCCGACUGCCGCUCAACAACAGCAUGGUUGUUGAGGGCAUUCAAUCCAUGAAGCACUGCUGCAAAGGCUUCUGUAUUGAUGUUCUCAAGCGCCUGGCUAAAAUAGUGGGCUUCACCUAUGACCUCUAUCUGGUGACCAAUGGCAGGCAUGGAAAGAACAUAGAUGGACAGUGGAAUGGAAUGGUCGGGGAGGUGGUGUCGAAGCGGGCCGACAUGGCGAUCGGCUCUCUGACUAUUAAUGAAGAGAGGUCAGAGGUUGUGGAGUUCUCUGUCCCGUUUGUGGAGACGGGCAUCAGUGUCAUGGUUUCUCGCAGCAACGGCACUGUGUCGCCAUCUGCUUUCCUCGAGCCGUACAGUCCAGCUGUGUGGGUGAUGAUGUUCGUCAUGUGCUUGUCUGUGGUGGCUGUAACCGUCUUCAUAUUCGAGUUCUUCAGCCCUGUCGGAUAUAACCGAAGCCUACAGAGCGGCAAGACGGCUGGAGGUUCAAAGUUCACUAUAGGGAAGUCUAUUUGGCUGCUGUGGGCUCUGGUGUUUAAUAACUCCGUUCCGGUGGAGAACCCGAGAGGCACCACCAGUAAGAUAAUGGUGCUGGUCUGGGCUUUCUUUGCUGUCAUCUUUCUGGCCAGCUACACUGCUAACCUGGCAGCUUUCAUGAUCCAGGAGGAGUACAUCGACACUGUGUCAGGACUCAGCGAUAAGAAGUUUCAGCAUCCCACUGAACAGUAUCCUCCCUUGCGCUUCGGCACCGUCCCAAAUGGCAGUACAGAGGAGAAUAUACGCAGUAAUUACCCCAACAUGCAUCAGUACAUGGUGCGAAACAACCAGAGAGGAGUGGAGGACGCCAUCGAAAACCUUAAAACCGGCAAACUGGAUGCAUUCAUAUAUGAUGCAGCUGUCCUGAACUACAUGGCUCGUAAAGAUGAGGGCUGUAAAGUAAUGACCAUCGGCUCUGGAAAAGUGUUUGCUACUACAGGAUAUGGAGUUGCCUUACACAAGAACUCACGCUGGAAGCGUCCACUCGACCUUGCGCUCCUGCAGCUAGUCGGAGAUGAUGAGAUCGACAUGCUUGAACGACUCUGGCUGUCCGGGAUCUGCCAUAAUGAUAAGAUCGAGGUGAUGAGUUCCAAGUUGGACAUAGACAACAUGGCAGGAGUUUUCUACAUGCUUCUGGUUGCCAUGGGCUUGAGUCUGCUGGUGUUUGCAUGGGAGCAUCUUGUCUAUUGGAAGCUCCGCCACUGUUUAGGCCGGACAAGAGGACUUGACUUCUUACUGGCUUUUAGUCGGGGAAUGUACAGCUGCUGCAAUUUCGAGGAUGAAACAGCUCCUGGAGGUUCCCAAAGCACACUUCCUCAAUACCAUCACGUCUCCACAGUUCCUCCUCCUCCUCCCCCUCAUGUGAUCUCAACGGCUGUGGCCAAUCCCCCUAUUGCUAUGGCACAACAACUGCCGCAGCAGCAACAAAAGCAACACCACCAGCAGCCACCAGUCUACAGUGCUCUUCUUCCUGGCUCCCCUCCAUCAGGUGGACAUUCUGCAAUGGCUUUAGGGCCAUCGAACAGUCCCAUUCUCGGAGCACCCAUGCCUUGCUCUACAUUCCUACCACGUCAUGAUCGUCGAUUGGCUGUGGUGGAUCGGUGGACGCGUCCAAAGGUGGGCUCUGAGAAGCCCAGUGGUGUGAGUGGUGGGAUUACAGACUUAACCCCGUUCCAAGGCAUGCCCCCUCAUUGGGGUGCAGGAAUAACUGGAGGGGAGGGAGGUCUGGAUGAGUACAAGAGAUACUAUGGCCCAAUCGAUCCAGAGGGCUUAGGAGUCUCUGUAGAGCCUCAAAAUUUGGGCACUCAAACGCCAAAAACUAAGCAUCGUGGCACAAAAUCCUCUGGAAACCCGCGAUUACCUCCUAAAGGCCAAACAUCUGGACAUACAAUUAACCCUGCAUUACAACAUCCCUCUCCACCUCAGCAAUCCGUCUGGAGAAGAAGCAGUCUAUCAAAAAGGAAGGGCUCAGGGGGACCACUAUAUGAAAACAUCCUUCCACUUGGAAGGAGAGGUGGUGGCAGGUAUGGAAUAAGGGAUGGUGGUGGGAGAAGAGGUCGUCGUCCUCCUCCCCUUCCACUGCCUAUACCUGUGCCCCUCUCGUCACCAACACAAACUCCACCCACACCUUCGCCAUCCAUAUGUUACACUUCCACUUCUUCUAGCAGCUCUAGCACCUCCAGUUCAUCCUCCUCUUCAGAAUCAAUCUCCAGAUCUAAUUCUCCCUCCUCUUCAUCAUCAUACACAUCAUCACAGAGCUUCAGAUACCGGGCAGAUGUACGAGACCUAUAUGAGGACUAUGACACCGAUGAGCUUACAGAAGAGUCAAGCUUGCUUUUGGGGAGGAGAAAAAGUCGUUCACGUAUGUCCUCUCGUUCACUGCCCAGCAGUCCUCCACCACCACCUAUACCACCCCGAAAGCCUUGUGCACUGCGGCCGCAGGUGAGAGACAGAGCAGGCAGCCAGCUUGCACAACUUCAAGAGUGGUGGGCAUCUUGGGGUGAGAAAGAGAAAGGCAGAAGGGCAGCUGGAGAUAGAGAAGUUAAGGAGGAGAAACGGCAUCACAAAGAAAGGGAAAGGGAGAGAAAGAGGAGGAAGAAGGGUAGAAAGAAAAAGAAGCGAGAAGAUCGUGAAAGAGAAAGGGAACGUAAAAGACGUAAAGUGAAAAAGAAAAAGAAAAAAGAAGAGAAGGCCAGAAAAAGAGAGAGGGAAAAGCGAUCUGAACAAGAGGAGGUAGAUGUGGACAGAAAAGAUGUGUUCGAAAAAGGAAUAGGACAGGAAUACUCUUCUUAUCCUGCACCAAGACGCAGUUCUUUCAGAAAAAAGAGUGAAAGCUCUACAAGGAGUUAUGAAUGGGAUAGAGAUGCUGUUAAGAGAGACAGGGAUGAUCAAGGAGGAGAUGAUGAAGAAGGCAGUAGGGGAAAGGAAAGGCAUCAAAGAAGCCCAAAAUCUCAUCGCCACUCCAGACCAAGGUCCAAUAACAAGCAUUUUUCCGCUUCAAACAAACCUCCUUCGACCGUUAAAUUUUGGGGUAGCGGGAACCCAACUUCUGAGUCGCCAUCGUCCUUUGUGCCCCUGCUUCCCAUUGCCUCUAAAAGACGAAAAUCUGUGGGAACUGAGAGAGAUGAGCGAGGUAGAGGUGGAGAGAGUCGGCCUCUUUUAGGUAAAAAUGGUAGAGGUAAGCCUUGCUCAAGAGAAGGCCUGUCAUUUCACGAAUGGGAUUCUGAGGAAGAAGAUGAGGAGUCUGAAAUGGAAAGAAAUAGGGCAGAAGAACAGGGGAGACGACGGGAAAGUAGAGGAAUGGACUCAGAGUCUGAAAGGGACAGAGAAAAAACUGUUGAGAUAUACACAGAUGAUGAAGGUUCCUCAGGAGAGUUUGGUAAGUUUGAGAGAUACUGGGAGGGUCACGAAGGAAGGGCAGUUGGUGGCAUUGGAGGGGGAGGAUGGUUUUUUGGCACCUACCCUGCCAGAGAAAGAGGAGGUAGCAUAAACAGUAGAGAUGAUUCUUUUUUGGGAUGGGGUGGAGGAGAAAGUAGCUUGGGGUUUGGUACAGGAUGGGGAUCAGGAGGCUUGGGAUCAAACCAGUGGCCUCAAACUCCUUUAACUCCUCCACCUCCACGGAGAUACUGGUCUGUAGAUAAAUUACCAGUCAAGACUGAAAAGAAAUCUAAGAGCAGGUCUCAAGAGAAGAGUCGAGGCCACACGUCCUGUUCGUGCCAGUCCCCCCAUCACUCCGCCAGCGCUCACUCUAAAUGGAAUCGGGUCACUUCUAGGAGUCAGGAGGAGCUCCUCCCCCACUGCCACAGUUUCAGCAGCAGCGUCAGACCUAAACGGCAAUCAUCGAAACAGGAUCGGGCUCAGAGCCAGGCAAAAUCUGGAAGCCAGUCCAACCUCCACAAGGUUGCACAAAGACCCCAACGCGCAGACCGGUCCAGACAACCACCGUCCCCUCCUCAAAGCCUACCGCCAUCUUUACCCUCUCCAAUGGUUCCUGCACUCCCAGCACCACCCUCUUCCUCUCAUCAUAUACACGUACCUCCACCUACCUCCUCCUCCUCAGUUUCCUCCCCAUCAGUUAUCUCAUCUACACCCGGUGCACCACAGCCCUCCUCAUUGUCCUCCUCUAGUGCUAAGCUCCAAUACCAGAAACUGCGAUCAGUUCCCCAACCCCAAAGGUAUCAAUCCCCACAUCUUCCCCUUAAAACCAAGAACAUGUGCUCCCGUCGAGGCUCUGCUCACUUCUCUAGUGUGGAGAGUGAGGUCUGAGGAACAUAAUUAAAUGAGGAACAUCAGCAAGCAGCCCCUACGGGCAAUCAAGUCACCUGCUCACACCACAAACUGUUAACUGUUCAAAGCAGUCGAGUUGGGUUGUUUUUGUGGCACCCUUCUCUUGCACAAAGCUCUAAUGCUCCUAAGAGACAAACCUGGAUUGGGAUGUGACUGAAAGUGUAGCCCUUUCUUUUUACUUGUAUAAGAAUGGAAUACUGCCAUGCUGACAAAUCUUGUCAAUGUAAGAGAGGCUGUUCAUAAGGGAUUGGCUUUGCUUCUCUUACGUCUUGGGGGAUUUAAGGUGGAGCUCCGAUAAUGUGGGUAAAUGUGAUUUUCUGUGGAAUGAUUUUCUGCUUGAUGGCUCAGGAACGAUUUUAAGAGGGGAGAUUCUGAGGUCAAAAUACAAAGCCCUAAUGCCCCACAACCACCUUUUUUCUCCCUCACUUGCUCUCAGAGCUCUGAAUCAUGUAGUUGUUGUGUGUAUUUGUUCAAAAUAUCUCAAGGGAAGCAUUCACAAAGGAAA